GCAAAUGCGAGAGAGAUGGCAGAAUCUCGGGGUUUCUCCAUCGAUAGUCUGUUGGCGCGAGAAGAUCCCGGGAAAGGUGCGUCGGAUGCGAUCAAAGAUGCCGCUCAGGACCCCGACUCAGAAUCCGACGGCGGCGGGGGGACCUCGAGGGACGGGGAGAGGAAGAAGAGGCCGCGGACGGCGUUCACGGCUUCCCAGAUCAAAACUCUUGAGGCAGAAUUCGAGAGAAACAAAUACCUCUCCGUGUCCAAGAGGAUUCAACUCUCCAAGGCCCUCAAACUCACCGAAACCCAAAUCAAGAUCUGGUUCCAGAACCGACGGACAAAAUGGAAGCGGAAAUACACGAACGAGCUGGAAGUAGUGGCUCAUCAAUAUUACGCAUCGCUAGGGAUCAUUACCCCGAGGCCCAUGUUCAUCGGCGACCGACUCUGGUUCUUCAGCGUGCCACCUGUGGGUGGGAGCAGUCCGUUUCCUUGUCCCGUGGUGCCACCUGGUGUGCCCUCCGGAUUGCCCCCACUCCCGCCUUCCUUCCUCAACAUCAGACCGGAUGCUCUAAACGUGCCUUCCAGGCCUUCGUAA